AUGUCGUGGACAGCACGCCAUGAUGCCCGCUGGAUGUUUACUGUGCUGCGCAGCCCCAUCCACGACGUCGUCGACCCAUGCCCUUGUCGUCAUGCCUCGUGCAUUCCAUGCUCGACAAAAGCCCCAAGCUGUGGACAACAUGCAGACAUGCGCGACACGAGUCAGCCAGGACCGAGAGAUGAUGACCGAGCCAGUGAUGUGGUGCCAACCACAAGGUGCAGUUGGUGGACGACCUGA